GAAUUAAAAAAAAUUAUAACGAAGUAAAUCCCUAAAUAAAACUUGAAGCACAAGAGAGGAAGAAGAAGAAGAAACGGGACAGUUUACAUUUGCGAACACAAGUAAGAAACUCUAUCUGGGUUGAUCGAAUCGAGUCGCCAUGAGUGAAGAAACUCCUAAGCUUUUCACCAAUAAACCCAAGAAGAAGGCCAUUAUUGCUCAGCUGAAGCACGUUGAAGCCAAUUUCAAUAAUCCUUCUACUGUUCCUCCAUCAUCGUCAGCACCUUCUCCGGCUGCUGCUGCCGCUGCUUCCUAUUCCAUGGGUGGUGCUCCUCCUCCUCCUCCCCCUCCUCCCAAGCAAUCGUUCGCUCGGAGGUACAAAUUUGUAUGGCCUGUUCUCCUUACCGUCAAUCUCGCCAUCGGAGGUUAUCUUUUCAUUAGAACUAAGAAAAAGGAUACAGAUCCUGUAAACGAAGAGACAGCUGCUAAAUUGGGUGCAGUUGCAGCCCCUGUUACUGUGGAAAAGACUGUGUCUUCCGCGGUGGUUGCAGAGCCCGUGGUGGUCAAGGCACGUGAGCCAAUUCCGGAGAAACAACAACGUGAGCUCUUCAAAUGGAUGUUGGAGGAGAAAAGGAAAGUAAAUCCUAAAAACGCAGAAGAGAAGAAACGGAUUGACGAAGAGAAAGCGAUUCUGAAACAGUUCAUAGGCUCCAAAACCAUUCCUACUCUCUGAUGAUUAAAGUGCAGCUUCUGUUGAUUUUAGUUUGGUUUGGUUUCUUCAAUUCUUACUUUGUGGAUAUCAGAUGUUUUGCUUUUGGAAACCUUUUUUUCUCGUUUCAAUGUUGAAAUCAGCCACUUUGGUGUCUUCAGUUUCAUUCAACGUUGAUGACCCAUGGUUCGGUCUUGUGGUUUUGUGAAACGGUUACUGCUAAAGAAAAAGGUUCGACUU